CCACCUGUCUGCAACAUGCCAUCCCAGUCAGCCCUCGUCCACACGUUUAACGGGAUUCCCUUUUCUACACGCUCAUCAAAAGAGCUUUUACACACGUUGGACUCCUUUGAAGCCAGAGAGGAUGAUGUGCUGUUGGUGUCCUACCCAAAGUCAGGGACUCACUGGUUGGCAGAGAUCCUGAAAAACCUGUACCGCACUCAACAAGGUGCAAAUGGCUGUGGAACAGUGACACUGACCUCUCCCAUUGAGUUUGGAGAUCCUUCCAAAUACGAGGACCUGAGAAAUCUUCCUUCCCCGAGACUGAUCCCCACACACCUGAACUACAAGAUGUUGCCAGUGCAGCUCAAAACCAAGAAAUGCAAGAUGAUCUACAUCAUCAGAAACCCUAAAGACACCGCUGUUUCCUUGUAUCACUACUACAAAGAUAAUCCCAACCUGCCAACCAUUGACAAAUGGACCACCUUUUUGGAAAUGUUCCUGAGAGGAGAAGUUGUUUGUGGCUCGUGGUUUGAUCACAUUCACAGCUGGGAAGACCACAAAAAUGACGACAAUGUUCUCAUCCUGUACUACGAAGCCAUGAAGAAGGAUGCGACCAGGAGCAUUGAGCAGCUCAGCAACUUUCUGGGUGUAAACCUGACUCCUGAAAAAAUACAUGAAAUUGCUAUGAAAUCUUCCUUCAGUGAGAUGAAGGAACAGGCACAGAAAGAAAACAUCAAUCCAAAUAACACUGUUUGUGCUCUGACAUCCAACAAACAAUUGAUAUUUCGAAAAGGCACCGUUGGUGAUUGGAAGAACCAUUUCAGCACAAAGCAAACUAAAAUAUUUGAUGCGCAGAUUGAGGAGAAAAUGAAUUCAAGUCAACUAAUGAAAUGUAUUGAAUAUGAGAAUUAACAUCAAAGGUCGUUCCGGAAAUGAAAAGAAGAAAAAUCUUUCACAGGAGCCAGAGGAGUACUUCAAGAUGCUAUCUGGUGUGAA